AUGGAGUACACGUCAUCCCCGAAACCGCAGCUUUCAUCCCGGGCAAAUGCUUUCUCCAUAGCCGCCCUGAUGUCCAGUGGGAAGCCCAAUAAGGACAAGGAGACGGAGGAGAACACCAUCAAGCCUCUGGAACAAUUUGUGGAGAAGUCGUCCUGCAACCAGCAGUCUCUGGCGGACCUGUCCUCCCUGGAUGGGCACGGAGACUUCAGCGGGAGCGCGCCCGCGGUGUGCACGGAGCCGCUCAUCCCCACCAAUCCCGGCAUCCCUAGCGAGGAGAUGGCGAAGAUCUCGUGCACCUUGGAGACCAAAGAGCUGUGGGACAAAUUUCACGACCUCGGUACCGAGAUGAUCAUCACCAAGUCUGGAAGGAGGAUGUUCCCCACCAUCCGGGUCUCUUUCUCCGGGGUGGACCAGGACUCCAAAUACAUCGUGUUGAUGGACAUCGUCCCGGUGGACAACAAGCGGUACCGGUACGCCUACCACCGCUCCUCCUGGCUGGUGGCCGGCAAGGCCGACCCUCCUCUGCCCGCCAGGUUGUACGUGCACCCGGACUCCCCGUUCACCGGAGAGCAGCUCGUGAAGCAAAUGGUUUCCUUCGAGAAGGUCAAACUGACAAACAACGAACUGGACCAGCACGGACAUAUCAUCCUCAACUCCAUGCACAAGUACCAGCCGCGUGUCCACAUCAUCAAGAAGAAGGACCACACCGCCUCGCUGCUCAACCUCAAGUCUGAGGAGUUCCGCACCUUCGUCUUCGUCGAGACCGUCUUCACCGCCGUCACGGCCUAUCAGAACCAGCUGAUCACCAAACUGAAGAUCGACAGCAACCCGUUCGCCAAAGGUUUCCGGGACUCUUCAAGGCUGACGGACAUGGAGAGGGAAAGUGUUGAGAAUCUGAUCCACAAGCACUCGUACGCCCGGUCGCCGAUCCGAACCUACGCUGGAGACGAGGAGAACCUGAGCGAGGACGGACUCAGCGCACACACCAGGGGCUCAGCGUUCACCGCCUCAGACAACCUCUCCCUGAGCUCCUGGGUCACCUCCGCUUCGGGCUUCUCGGGCUUCCAGCACCCACAGUCCCUGUCAGCCAUGGGCGCCGGCUCCCUGCCUCACCCCAUCCAGGGCUCCCUGCCCCCCUACAGCCGGCUGGGCAUGCCGCUGACGCCCACCGCUCUGGCUGGAACCAUGCAGGGCAGCGGGCCGUCUUUCCCUUCCUUCCACAUGCCCCGCUACCACCACUAUUUCCAGCAGGGGCCCUACGCUGCCAUCCAGGGACUCCGCCACUCUUCCACGGUCAUGACGCCCUUUGUAUGACUCUGUCCUGGGGAGGAGACGGCCGAUCUUCAGUCUGAUCCCCAAUCCAGUGCAACCAGUUAUUUCUCCACUCCGGCUCAUCACUCCUCAUCCUGUUUGUAUCUUUCCCCCUGGUCUUUGUAAAUAGUUCACCUGCAGCGAGCGAGGUGAGGAGGACGUGGCGUACUGAUCCAGAAAAAAAGGGACUGUGGUUUCUAUAAACACUUUAGUGACAUUAUACAAACCUCAAACGAAACUGUAAAAGCGAGACGAGGAGCAUGUUUGGUCUUGGCCCUUGAAGAACAGAAAGAGGAUCCUCACCUAAAACUCAUUUAAACAAUAUUUAGAAGACCCUCUAAAGGUGUAACGGCCCCUGCAGGGUCACAGAAGGCAGGCUGCCGUGCGAUGCUUCAGCAGUGCAACCUAAGACGAUGGUCUUUGGAGAGACUGAUGCUGCAGUACGUUAGACACGAGGCUCAGUCUGAGUCUGAACACUUCAGCGUAUCUCUGUUUUCUAGUGAGCCAGCCAUAUGUACAGUUCAAACU